AUGGCGAUCUUGUGGCAGUCUUUGACAUGCUUACUCAUGAGUAUCAUCGCAACAGGCGAGAUAUUUCACACUCUGAGAUGUGUGCAGGCCACUGCAACAAAUGGUCGAUUCCAGUUCUCACAAGCUGUCUAUUCUACAACUGAAGACUUCGGAGUCGCCUCCAUAACGAUUCAACGUGGUCUCAGAGCUGGUGGAAGGGCUGCUGUUUAUGUAUCGACGAUUCCUGGUGUGGGGAAUGCUGUGGCAGGUCGAGACUUUAAGCCUCUCUUCAAUGUGAGCCUUGUGUGGCAAGAUGGCGAAGAUUUCGAGAAAGCACUGUACGUUCCCGUCUACAAUGACGGGAAGCCUCAAGAAAGCCCGAAGACGUUCAUGUUAAAGCUGCACGAUGCUAUUGGUGCCGAAAUCAAUAGUCACCGCAAUCAAACGCAAGUUGUGCUGGUUCCGCCUUCAAAUCUGGUACCUGGCAGCUUCAGUUUUCAGAAUGCUAUGGUCAACGUAGGAGAAGGCAAUAUGCUAACAAUCCCUGUGCUCUGGGAGGCUGGCACGACAUCCACGGCGAGUGUAAAAUUCGAAAUUAUGUGCAAGAGUGCAUGCUUUCCAGAAGACUUCGAGUUGAUAUCUCCAGUUACGCAGCUACUGGAGUGGAAACGAGACGAGUAUCCUGUCACUUCUGCCGAUCGAAUGCAGAAUAUCGUCUUGAGAUUGCUCAAUGACAAGUUAUAUGAACAAGCCGAGAGUUUUAGUAUCCGCCUGGUGACUGUGAAGCCUUCAGAGGACUCCACAAUUGGUACUGGAACAAUUAGGGAUAUUGGAGAAGUUGUGGUAACAAUUAACGGUCCUAAUGAUGCUCGAUCGGGAACACUGCAGUUCGAGGCCGAAUGUUUUCCAGACUGCGCAAGUAAGAAAUACUCCGUACAGUCUGGAGGUGUCGCUCUCGUGAUGAUUCAACGACGCAGUGGCAGUGAUGGAGACUGCUCCGUCCGUGUGGCUACCCAAGAUGAUACAGCUGUAACUGGUUUAGAUUACGAACCUUUGGAGCGAGAAUUGUCUUGGAAAGAGGGGGAUACAAGCGAUAGACAGAUAGUCGUGACUUCAUUUCCUCGAGCAGAUCCAAGGCUACCACCACGUCGCUUAGCACUCGUGCUUCGGAAUAAUAAGGGAGCUCCACUAAACGGGGCUCACGCUAGUACGUCGUAUGUAGAAAUCACCAGUCUGACUGAUGUCUACCUUGGUGAGGUGAACUUUGCUACUCGCGAACCCCUGGAAUCGGUGCUACGCAUUCCUGAUUUCAGCUUCAUCGAACUGGCAUCACGUGACACAAGUUCGAAACUCCAGCUCUGUCCGAGUGUAGUAGUUACAGAGCCAGGAGUGAUGUCAGUGGCAAUUCAACGCAACUUUGCAAGCUUUCCUGUACCUGUGCGAGUGACCGUGAAAACCGUGGCUGGUACUGCAACACCAGGUAUCGAUUACGAAGUUUUGGACCAGGUUGUUACCUGGGAAAAUGGAGAAACCGAGGUUAAACAAGUGCUUCUGAAGAUACUGGACCCGCCAACUUACGACCCUCAUCCUCGUUCGCUCUGGCUGCAACUGUCUGAGGUGACGGGCGCAAUUGUUGGUGCUUGUAAUGUUCUCGAAGUGGUGUUAAAAGGGAUUGCGCAAGGACCUCACUUGGUUUCAUUUGACUUGGACAUGACACUCGGAAUCAUGACACUUCGAAUGAACAUUCCAGUUCAAGCUUCGACUUUGAAUGUAACAACGUUACUGCUUCAAUCCGAGCGUGUGCAAAAGAACGGCCCAACUUUUAAGUUUACUCCGCAACAAACUACCACGAGUAGCACUGAUGGAACCACCGUUCUGCUGAGUGUUGGUGCUGGGGACUUGAAUUCGCUGAAGCGUGUUGCCGGAUUGGCAAAAGGUGCAAACUCUGCCUUUUUGAGUACGGAAGUUGGACUUUUUAAGUAUGUGCUCGACAAUUGCCAGAGCACCGGGAUUCUUGCCUGCGCUCCAGAUAUCACAGUCGAGACUUCGAGAACUGCAGCGCUGGCUGUCACAACGUUUACUGCAGAUACUCAUUCUCCUUUUCUCUUAGGCUACAGCUUAGAUUUACCUCGACGACUGCUGAAGUUGCACUUUUCGGAGGCUGUGAAUUUCACAACUCUGAGAAUUGAAGCGUUGGCAUUCGCUGAAGCAGCAGCAGGUAUCGAUGUCUACAGGCUUUCGUCCGCUACUACGCGCCUUUUCUCGCCACAACCAGAUCCAUUAAGUGGCGCUACACUGCGUGACGCUAACCGUUUACCCGCUGAUAACACGUUUCUCACCUUGCAACUUGGUCGGUCCGAUGUCACAGCUCUUAGCAGCAUCGGCGCUGGUCAAAUUGGUAUCAAAAGAGCGAGUACAUUCCUCGGUAUCGACAGCUCUUUCGUGGCUGACUUUGCGGGGAAUCUCGUCAAGGCUGUUGGACCACCAGGCACAAUGUUGCAAGUUUCAGUUGCAGAUUGCUCGCCAUGUCCAACAGGGUCGUAUCUCACUAGCUCGUGCUUGGACCUAAAGGACCGCAAGUGUUCUACAUGCAGUAUAUGCCCCUGGAACUCAUACGCUCUCGAACCAUGCAGAGCCACGCAAGAUACUCUUUGCUAUCCAUGUACCGAGUGCCGAUCAGGUCAAUACAUUGCGGUGGCCUGUUCUCCAGCAACCGAUCGUGUGUGUGCGUCGUGCACUCAAUGUACAUUGGAUGAGUACGAAGUUUCACCUUGCGCUGCGGGCGUGGAUCGGGUUUGCCGUACUUGCAACUCGUGCACUUUAACUGUUGCUCAGCAAGCUCUGUGUCAACGAAGUCAUGAGUGGAAGCGCUUGCAAAUGAGGUCACCGUUUAGUUGUCCGCAACCUGGUCAGCAGUUCAAAACUCGUGAGGAACAAUUGCAACGUGCGAAAUCGAACUUAUGUGGCUCCGGACGCUGCUCCUGUGUUGCUACUGGAAUACCUGGCAACUCGAAUCCAACCGGAGAGGGCUUCCCCGACGAUACGCGUUGCACUGGGCCUGUGGCGUACAAUAUUCUCGUCUAA